AUGAAGGGGUGCACCUGGAUGUUUGUGGCAACUUUACUUUGUCAGCAGUUUUGCCACUUCAGAGUUCUGGCAGCAAAGAGAGAGAGGAAGAUGAAGAAAGAACCUAAUCAGUAUACAGACCCUUUCAAUGCCACCCUCUCAAACAGUGAAGAACUGCAUGGGCAUCCCAAGAUCCUAGAAUCUCCAGAUCCUCGAAUCACAGAUCCACGGCGGACUUGGAUCUCCUUUGUUCACCGCCCAGACGAUGGCAAUACCUCCAAAAGGCGAUGCAAAGGGAAAGACAAGAAAUUACGUGGCCUCGUUGGGCCCCCAGGACCUCCUGGCCCCCAGGGACCUCCAGGAGCACCUGGUGCUGAAGUCACCCGGGAAGUCCUUCUGCAGGAGUUUAAGGAGAUAUUAAAAGAAGCCAUUGAGCGUCGAGCGUCCCUGGCUAUUUCAGCCCAUCCUAGCCAGCUGCCUCCACUCCUGCUCUCCUUGGAGGAAGUUUCACCCCACAGACGUGUAGAGGAGGCAUUCCAUUGCAAGCUAAAAGGACAAGUCAUCGUAGAUAAGAAGACCCUGGUAGAACUUCAGAACUUCCAGUCG